CUCAAAAUUACUUUCGGUUUUGCCAGUCAGCGACGACUAGAGUGCAAUAGCUGUGGCGGAGGGGUCUGACAGUUGUUGGACCAGCGGAGUAAAUAUAAAAAUAAAGUUACACACGCGCACACAAUCCAUCGUGCUACCACUGAUCCACAGCCUGACUCUGCCAACAUAGAUUGUCACUCUCAACACUUGCGAAGCAGUAGUUCCCUGUCCGUUUCUUGGUCAGUGAUCACCAUGGCUUGUCUUCCUGAGGGAGUGAGUCAGUGGUAUAAACUACAGCAGCUGGAUUCCAAAUUCUUGGAACAAGUGCACCAGCUAUAUGAUGACAGUUUCCCCAUGGAGAUCAGACAGUAUCUGGCACAAUGGCUGGAAGCCCAAGACUGGGAUCAUGCUGCUGGUGAUGGUUCGCUGGCUACCCUCCUCUUCCAGAACCUUCUGUCUCAGCUGGAUGACCAAUAUAGCCGCUUCAUGCAGGAGAACAACUUCUUACUGCAGCACAACAUCAGGAAGAGCAAACGUAAUCUGCAGACCACUUUUGAGGAAGAUCCCAUGUUCAUGGCCAUGAUGAUCUCCAAAUGCCUGCAUGAAGAAAGGAGAAUCCUUGAAACUGCUGUGUCAGCAGAUCAGAUGCAAUUGGGGAAUGUGCAGAAUACUGCGAUGCUGUGUAAAGUGAAGGAGCUGGAUACAAAAGUCAGAAAUGUGAAGGACAAUGUCACUGAAAUUGAGCAAAUAAUCAAAAAUCUGGAGGAUGCACAAGAUGAAUAUGACUUCAAAUAUAAAACCUUGCAGGUCAGAGAAGGUGAGGCCAGUGGCUUGAAGACAGACGACGACUAUACAAUGGAAAAAAUGCAGCUCCACACUAUGUAUUUGCAUCUUGACCUCAUGAGACAGGAUGUGCUCAGCAAGAUAACACUUUGUCUGAAUGUGACAGAACACACACAGAAUGCUUUGAUAAGGGAAGAACUGGUUGAAUGGAAGCAGCGGCAGCAAAUGGCUUGUAUUGGAGGCCCGCCCAAUGCAUGCUUAGACCAGCUUCAAAACUGGUUUACUACAAUAGCUGAGAGUCUUCAGCAAAUUCGUCAGCAGCUGAAAAAACUGGAGGAGCUGGAGCAGAAGUUUUCGUAUGAGGCAGACCCCAUCCCCCAACAGAAAAAAGGGCUGUAUGAACGGACGAUGGGCCUUUUCAAGCAACUCAUUCAAAGUUCUUUUGUGGUAGAAAGACAGCCUUGCAUGCCUACACACCCUCAGAGACCGUUGGUUUUGAAGACUGGAGUGCAGUUCACAGUAAAACUGAGAUUGCUGGUGAAACUACAGGAGCUGAAUUACAAAUUGAAGGUGCAGGUUGUAUUUGAUAAAGAUGUCAGCGAGAGAAAUGCAGUUAAAGGAUUUCGAAAAUUUAACAUCUUGGGGACGAAUUCCAAAGUGAUGAACAUGGAAGAGUCAAAUGGGAGCCUGUCAGCAGAAUUUAGACAUCUGCAAUUAAAGGAGCAAAAGAACGCUGGAAGAACUAAUGAGGGGCCUCUCAUUGUAACAGAAGAAUUCCAUUCUCUCUGUUUUGAGACUACGCUGGAACAGAGUGGUCUUAUAAUUGACCUUGAGAUCACCUCCCUUCCUAUUGUUGUGAUUUCCAAUGUCAGCCAGCUACCGAGUGGAUGGGCUUCCAUUUUAUGGUACAACAUGCUGACGAAUGAGCCCACGAAUGUCUCCUUCUUUCUGAAUCCACCAUGUGCAAGGUGGUCUCAGCUUUCUGAAGUGCUCAGUUGGCAGUUUUCUUCUGUCACAAAAAGAGGACUCAACGGAGAUCAGCUGAACAUGCUGGGGGAAAAAUUGCUUCCUAACGGAUGCACUGCAGAUGGCCCUAUUACUUGGAUGAGGUUCUGUAAGGAAAACAUAAAUGAUAAAAGCUUCCCCUUCUGGCUGUGGGUUGAAGGGAUCCUUGAACUCAUUAAGAAACAUCUUCUCUUCCUCUGGAAUGAUGGAAGCAUCAUAGGCUUUAUCAGCAAAGAACAAGAACGCAUCUUGCUCAACGAUAAGCUAAACGGUACUUUCCUCCUGAGAUUCAGUGAAAGUAGCCGAGAAGGAGCAAUCACUUUUACCUGGGUAGAAGAAGGGCCAGGAAAUGAACCUUCCUUUCACUCAGUGGAACCCUAUACAAAGAAGGAACUUUCUGCUGUUAGCCUGCCUGAUAUUAUUCGCAGUUAUAAGGUGAUGGCGGCUGAGAAUAUUCCUGAAAAUCCACUGAAAUUUCUUUAUCCAGAUAUUCCCAAAGACAGUGCAUUUGGAAAAUACUACUCCAGGCCCAAAGAGACCUCAGAACCCAUGGACGUAGAUGGUGGAGGAAAAGGAUACAUCAAAACUGAAUUAAUCUCGGUGUCUGAAGUCCAUCCUUCCAGACUGCAGAGCACAGAUAAUCUCUUGCCAAUGUCUCCAGAAGAUUUUGCUGAAGUCAGACGGGUGAUAAGCCCUGCAGAAAUUAUGAUAUGUUCAGAAUAUGCAACAUAAGAGCUGCUGGGUACGCCUGCAUCAAGUCUUACGUCACUUUCAUAUCUACAGCUAGUGGAGGACCUAUUGAGGCUCUAGGAGGAUGCAGCAUUUGGUCUCUUAGGCUGUGAAUAUGGCUCUGCAUAAUGUAUCAGUACCAUACUGCUUUGUUUGCCGAAAGAGCAUCUAGAAAACUAAAAAUGCUUUUGUAUUCCUAAAAUAGUGGUUUAAACUAGUAGUCCAGUACAUAACUUAUUUUCCUGCAACUCUGUUCUGUGUCAGUCCAAAUUCAUGGCUAAGUUGUUUUUUAGAAGUAAAAUUCCAAACAAUAAAGGGGGGGGCGUGUUGCAUACAUGCCAACCUUUUCCCUGUAAAAUUGAAUGUUCUUUCAAAAACAAAACACCAAGAAUGUUUGAGAGAGGGUGUGAAGUGUAAGACUUAAGUACAUCUUGCCCUGCAGAAAUCCAGUCUGGUUCAUUGCUGCCUCAAACAGAGCAGGGCUUAUUGGCAGGAUUGUAAGGGGCAAAAUACAUUCAAAGCAGGACUCCUUUGUGUGACAGGUAUAGCUCCUAAGGGUACAGCUUGUUUAUUUGGAAUUAUGUCCCACUCUGCUCCAUGGGACUUAACUCAAGUACAUUGCUUUUAGCCCCAUUCUAGCACUGAUGGCACCUUUUGUUGCCUUCAUGGAACAGGUGCCACUAGCCUUGGUGUGGGAUCAAGUGAAAAUGUGUUGCAUGAGGGGGGGUGAGGUAAUGCCAGAAAAAAAGAUCACUAACACUGCAGAGCGUUGGGGGAGGCAGUAGGAAGACAGAACUGAAUGCCUCCUUAUCCUGUAAGAUCUUUGGGCUUAACUAUAGAUUACAUGCAGCUACGCUUCUUCUAGGGAAAACAUUAACUCUUGUGCUCUUCCAAUUCCUUUUCCCUUUCUAGGAUUUCAAACGUCCGUUUGCAAAAAUAAACUGUUUCUGCCCGUCUUA